CCGAUAUUUGUAUUUUUACAUUAUUUUUUGUUCCUAUCAAUGGGAUCCGAAAAAUGCAACUGCAUUGUCAACUUUAGAUUUAAUAUGCUCCAUAUCCAGCAUUCUGCACCAGUUGUUGUUCAAGCAACCUUAUAUCGUUGGAUAGACUUGGCAUGCAGUCUGUGGUGGAUGUCAACGACGACGCUAUAACGAAGUAUGCUGCGCAAUGGUCAACCGCCCUGGGAGUAGAGGGAAAUUGCACAGGAUGUUGCCAGCAUCCGCGUGAUGAACCGUGCCUGCUGCAUUCACAACUGAUCAGCGACACCCCAACGGUGGCCAAAGCCUACGCUAGUCUGCCGGCACCUCUCUACUUCCAGCAGAACGAAGGCCGACCCGGAGUUUUUGCCCGCACAGCGAUCCGACACCCGAGCGUGUUCGGCCCGGUGGUGGCUGCCUUGGCAGGCCACUCCACCAUCGAUCAGCGCUUCGGGCUGCGCGACCGCCACGGGGGUCUGGUCGCGUUCGAUCUGCAGUGCGAUGAUCGGUGCAACUGGAUUAAAUUUGUCCGACCGGUCGACGAAGAUGAACAGCCGAAUCUCGUGGCUUUCUGUCGGCAGGGCGCCGUGUUCCUGGCCACCACCGCCCACAUUCCUCCCGGUGUGGAACUGUGCUUUGGCUAUUCGCAACAGUAUGCGCGGAUGCUGGGCAAAGAGAACCACUCACCGGCGACAUCCUUCGCUCAUGAUGAUUUCGUACUGGACAAUGAUAGCAACGCGAUGGAGGACUGUGAAACGUUUAAUAAUAAUGCAGAAAAUACCGCUGCGGAUUGCAGUGUCGUGGAUAUGGCUGCGCAUCUACCGGAUAACACCAACCAGGCAGACGCGGAUAACGUGCCCGAUGCUGAAACGGAAAGGAUGAAACGAACGACAAAGCGGAUAGAAAACCGGAAGUGGUCCAUGGAAGAAGUGCGCUGUCUUCGGCGGUGGGUGGAAGACCCCGACAACGCCGAGAAAUGGAUUAGCGCGGCGGAUUCCGCUAGGCAAACCAGAAAACAAUACGGCGGCACGAAAAGGAUUUCAGCCAGUCCCAGUGCCGCUGCUAAGAAAACUAAGAAUCCUAAGAAGAAAAUGUCCCGCAAUGCACACGUCGGCGUUGUCUCAGCAUUGGAUGCAGCAGGGAACGAUCUGGCUCAAAAAUCACGCUCUCCCUCGGAUUUUCAAGGACCGACGUUUACGAGUGAGGCGAUUGAAGCGGGCGUUAGUGGCGACGGGACUGAGACGAUGAGAGCGGAUGACACGGCAAUUUGCGACACUCCCAGCCACGCAAAAUCUGCUGAACGAAAACGGGAUCAGCCGUAUCGUCGAUGGACGGAAGCGGAAGGAACAUGGCUGGUGGAGUGGCUGGACAAUGUGGAUAACUACGCCCGGUGGCAGAGCGCGGGAAAGAUUGGAGCGUCAGCCGAUUUGCGCGGCAAGAAUGUGUGGAAGACCGACUUUGUGAAGGAUAUUGCGGCGUGCCUGGCGGAGCAGUUUGGCGGGGACGUGCGAAGCGUGAGCAGUGUUUUCUGUAAGAUCGACGCGCUGGAAGAUGACUGGAAGCGGGCCAAUGAGUACCUGCAGCGAACGGAAGCCCGGCGGAUCACGUUAGCCGAAGCGUGGCGGAUGAAACGGCAUUUAUCUGGAGACCUGGAUGGUCCAUACACGAGUGUCAAUGCCGUUGGCGGACGUCUCCAUCCAGUUCUCGAUGCUGCCGCCAAAAAGACCCUCCACCAUCGCAUUUGGCCGUGUCAGCAGGCGGAUACGGCCCGCUCCAAGACACGCACACAAUGCCGGCGUGCCGGUUGUGCACUGCGCUUCCAUUUUCCCAUCACCAAAAGCCUCCACGCGCUACGCCAUCAAAAGAGCGCGUUGCGGGCCGAGUGGGACACUAACCAGCAUCCCAUUAUCUGUCCGGAAUGUGACUACCGAGCGGUGAACUGGACAUCGCUCGUGGAUCACGUGGAGGAACGGCAUCAAUUAGGCCAACCUCGGUUGCUUCCGCACCGGAAUAAACAACCAUCGAAAACCACGCGUCACAGCGAGACUUUCGUCUCGUGUCGCGAAUGCAAAAUCUGUGAUCUGCAGUUUGUCACGCGUGCGACCCGUAACCUCCACUGCCGGCAGCAUGAGGAGACUGAAGACGAUAUAGAAGGAAACACCCGCCAGUGUCCGGCGUGUAUGUUUUCCGCAGUCAGUUUAAAGGAACUGAUUGCGCACGUCGAUGAGCGGCAUGUGCGGAAAGAUCUGCACAAGUGUCCACGUUGCGGUCGGACGUUCGUUUCACUGGAGCGUUUGGAAAGCCACAUCCAGCGGCUGCACCUCUGGUCGGAUGCCGACAAGCCCUACGAGUGCCCGACAUGCCAUAAGCGAUUCAGCAAGAAAAACGCCCAUGCGCGUCAUCUGAAGUUUCAUCUUGGACGUUUCCAUAUGAACUGCAUGUUCUGCAACGAGAAGUUCGAUCAAACGAAACUCUUGCACGCGCACGUGCUCCAGGACCAUUCCACGGACGGCGUGACGGUGACAUGCGGCACCUGCAACCAAAAGGUGAACAUCAGCGCCGCAACGAGCUUCCGCAGUUUCCAGACGCACGUACGGCGACAUGGCGAAGGGGGGCAGACGUGCACGAUUUGCGGUAAAGAGUUCGCCAAUUAUACUUUGUGGUACAGACACACGAAGGAAAGUCACGGGGCCGCGCCACGCAAUCUGGUCUGUGACUGCGGGAAAGCCUUCUCGUCCAAACGCAGUUUGUGCAACCAUCGCCGUUUAGUGCACAAGGAAGAAAGAGAAAUCCCAGCCCAUCGGCGGAAGAAAUCCCAGCCCGAAGGAAGCGGACAGGGAAGUGGAGAAAAGGAAAAGAGAGCGGCGUAUGUUCCUCCGCAAAAACUGAAGCACUACACGGAGUUUCCGUACUUCUGCGAGGAGUGUCGGCAGGGCUUCGUGCGCCGCGGAAUGAUGGCGUACCAUUUCUCCGUGCGCCAUCCGGAGCGCUCGUUGGAGGCGGUGCCGCAGUUGGUCAUGUCCACGUGCACACUGCCUCUCCAGUGACCGAUGCAAUUCUGGAUAAUUAUCGUUCCUUCCUACAAUUAUUUUAGAUUUCCUUUUUUAUUAGUGUGUUGUUUCUUGUAUUAUUGCUUGUAUCGUAUGCGAAAGCUUUUCACCGGUUCGAAUUUUUUACAACUACGCACUGGGUGACUGUAGGUCCGGUACGCCUUGAAAUGUUGAUUUUCAAUGAAGAU